CGGCUCCAGCUCUGUGUCUCUGGGAUGCUGAGCAGGAGGGCGGGGCUGUUUUUCGUUGCAGUGCCCUGCCGUGGAGUGAUGUAGCAAGUAGCCUACGUACGGGACCGAGCAGGCACAGAGGGAAGCAGAGCACACGUCAGUACGGUUGUUUUUAUAAAAAUCGUUCAAAUCUGUGUAGCCUCUUUCAGACGCAAAAAUGGAUUUACUGAGUAACCUAAUCUAACGUCAACAGGGUUGGAGCCAUCCGUGCUGUCUGAUACACAGACAUCUUGUUUCUCUCAUAUAUCAGUUACCGGAGCGAAGAGACAUAUUUCUCUUCAUUUUGGACCCGGUGCUAGUUGUACUGUAGUGGGGCUCUUUACGGCUCACCAUGGCGUGGCCCUGUAUCAGCAGGGCGUGCUGCAUGGCCCGCUUCUGGAACCAGCUGGACAAGGCUGACAUUGCGGUGCCUUUGGUCUUCACCAAGUACACGGACGCCUCUGAGAUGCAGCACAUCCAGCUGCAGCCGCCGCUCCACCCUCCCCAGGCCCGGGUCGCCAUAGAAACACAGCCGCCUCGCGCAGAGAGCCGCACCGCGACAGCGGCACGGGCGCCGCGAAGGUGUGUCUCCGAAGAGCGCGUGUGUAGCUCUGUGAUGCGCGAGGACUUUAAGCACUGGAACGUGCGACCCGAGCCGAGCUGUAAACCCAAGAACGAGUACCACGAACCGGAAACACCGUUCAACAGCAAGACCCAGUACCAGAAGGACUAUAAACCCUGGCCCAUCCCGAAAAGGCACGACCAUCCCUGGAUACCUAAACAGCCUCCCCCCACCUCCGCCGGCGAUGACCGGGCUCCGGACCGGUCCAGGCACUCCAAACAGCUGGCGGAUGCGGACAGCGGUGUGGAGAAGAGCGCUAUUGCAGACAAGGUGCAGGAGAAAGACCUCCUGCAGGGGCAGGAGAGGAAAAAGAAGUCCAGUAAACAGGAGGGGCAGAAGAAAGUAGUCCUGAAGGUGGAGGGAGAGGGCAGAGGGAGGGCGGAGGCGGAUGCUGUGAACAGGCAGAUCAAAGAGGAGAUCACAGGCGACAGCUCCUACAAUACUGAGUACAAGGCUUACAGAGACGUGAAGCCAGCGAAGAUGAUCCGGGCCACGUCCCAGUACCUGCCCCCAGCUGAGAGGCCCAGUCUAGAGACCAGCUACAGUGCUACCUUCAAGGGCCAAGCUCCGCUGCGCCCUGCUGACAACAAGGUCGUGGAUAGGAGGAGGAUACGCAGUUUGUACAGCGAGCCUUACAUAGACCCCAUCAACCAAGUUGACAGGUAUAGUGUCCUUCGCUCUAAACCCAAAAGGCCUGGAGCCUGGGCGGCAGGCCAGGCCAAGCCCGUGAAGAAAGCCAAAGAUAAGCAGAGCGCCGCGCUGAGGGGAUCCAAGAAGACAACCUCGGAGAAGCAGCCCGAGAACCGGCCAGCGGCAGGGGACAAGGAGAAAAAUCGCUAUGCUAACGAGUGGGCGGAAGCAUCCUAUCCUCCGCCAUUUGGUUGCCACCCACCACCCCCACUCUGCUCGCCUCCAUCUCCAGGUUGCCAUGGCUACGGGCUGCCUGGCUAGGCAAUGGAUGGCUUUCGUUGCAUGGGCCCAGCGACAAGCAAUUCUGACGGUUUGGCUUUGAUCAACUGUGCGGAUUGCUUUGUUGAGUUUAUCAAGGAUUUAUUAGAAUUUUUCUUUCUUUUUUUUUUUUUUUUUAUGGGAGAAAAGAUAAUCAAAUUGGCACUUUGGAUAUGAUUUCUGCACUUGCUAAAUUAACAACAAAUCUGAAAAUCUUUGAUAAACGUCCCGCUUGGUAAGCCAUGACUGUGACUGUGAGUCUGAUCCACAGCUUGUUUUGUACCUGCUCUGUCAUCUCUGCUACUGGUCUCUGUUCGCAGGACUCAACAUCACAACGCUUUGUCCAAUGUGAUUUUGUAAUCCAAUGUCCCAUUUUGAACUGAACUCUGUUGUAGGUUGCACAAAAUUGUCAUCCGUUCAUGUGAAGAAACACACCAUUCUCCCAUUCCUUUCACGUGAAGCCCAUUCAUACAUUUGUAUCUAAGUUCACUCAAGGCCAUUUUGUAACACCCAAUUUGUUGCCAACAAACCCUCGGGGUCACACUAAACUGAUAAAACAGACAAUGCUCUUGUGCAGUCGUAUUGACAUUUCACAUUAAAGUAACAACCUUUCUCAGAAUCAGAGUCAGUGGAGCUGGAAAGUGUUGUGUUGAGUGGUUCGGGUUGUGUCUGCCAAGCACACAGCGUGCAGAGCUGUCAAUCUCAAUCGCCCACAUCUCAGCGUAAUCACCUCUAAUGUAGUCUUCAUCUACGAGACUGAUCCCUGGGCAAAGCUCCGCAGCAGUUAUGCAAUCACAGUAGUACGCACACAAACACACACCUCCUUGUGGCUUUUUUUUUUUUAAAUGCACUCUGCUGAGGGUGACCGUAACCAAUAUGAUCAGACUGCCAUGGGACGAUAGCAGACAGCUCAUAUUGCCGCUUAAUAGCACUUUUCAUAUAACCUUUAAAGAGGGAGCUGUAUGGAUGUCGCACAGCUUCACGUUCCGAAUAAAUCAUCAACAAUUCACUGCCAUGUGUUCCAUUGGUUUGCAAGGCUACAAUGUUUGACCUCAUUUUGUUUGUAACUAAUACGUUGUAUCUGUUAAUAUUUUAUUUUAACACUCAUGCCAAUGAUGGCACAGUGAUGUGAUGAUAAGUGUAACUGCUUCUGUUUUUGGACUCCAAUGUUCAUCACUCUCCAUGCUGUUGUAUUUGUUUUUACCAAAAUUCCAAAAGUAUGAAAAGUAUGUUGGUGUGAUGAAGUUUAGUGUAUUUAAAAAAAAAAAAAAAAAUGUUGAUUCAACACUGGAUUUACUUUUGCUUUGUCUGGCAAGUUCAACAUGGUGGUGCUGCGUUUGUGUGUAAGAGGUGUAUAGCAAGACAUACCAAAACAAGUUGUAAAGCCUCCAUUUAUGAAUUCUGGUUUAACCCAAAUUUUCUCUGUGAGAUGUGUUGAAGAAAAGGGGAACACAUAUAUUAUAGCAGGGCUACAUGUUGGCUGAGUCUGAACUUGGUCCUUAGCAUCCAGCUGCUUUCACUCAGUCUUAGCAUACUGUAUAGAGAGAGAGAGAGAGAUCCUUUUUUCUUUGUUUUUGGAUUAGAAGAGCACUGCUCAGUCUUGUCAUGGGUCAACCCAUCAUUGUGCUCCACCCCCCCCCCACACACACACACCUUAAUGUUCUCAUUAGCUCUGCUUCUCAGCAUCCUUCCCUCCAUUCUGAGUGGACGGCUGCACCAUCUCUAUAUUCUGGGGUGUCUGAGACAUCAACCAUCACCGCUACCACCAUGUCUAUCCAAACUGAGCACGGGGGCCCCAUCGGGGAUGAGGGACUGACUCAUUAGCAUUCUGCAGCCUUUAGUUGUGGGGACGCUUUGUCAUGUAACACACGGGAGGGGGCUUGUAGGGGCAGUAAAUGUAAAACAGUUGUCAGCGCAGCACACACACCCUGUGCUAUCUUUGUGAUUAUUGGGCAAAUAAGGAUAGAAAGUAUGGUAAAGAAAGUUAUGUCUUGGGCAACAACAAAAAAAUUGACUGUGACGUGCUUGUGUUUCUAUCUGCUUGCUCAUAUUUAAUGAAACAUUACAAAUAAAUGCAAAAAGCAGAAAUA